AUGGUCGUUGAGGCUACUGACACCGGACGAGGAGGACUCGCCGCCGGUGGAUCGAUACGGUUUUGGACGCCUUGCGCCUCUGGAUUGACGCUCGGGGUGCCGUUAACCGCUGGGGAAGCUGGGACGGUUUCCACUGGGGCUUGGGCUGAAUUGAAGAGCGCAGCUACUCCGUUAUCUGUGGACGCCGUAUUGACUGCGGGUGAGGCCGGGGCGCUAGAGUUAGCGUUUCCUACCGCGGGCGGGGCCGAGCUUCUGUUGGCCGACGCCUGGUUGGGUCUACGGUUGGAUACAAAGAAGCUGUGCAGCGACGUCUGA